AUGGCGAGCCACCCUGGGAGGAAGUUGAGUGUGACCGAAAACCUCUUUGCUAGCGGCGCAGCGGUGGUUGGUGCUACCAUACUGACACACCCAAUCGACGUGGUCAAAGUUCAGCUUCAGAUGGCAGAGAAAAGUUGUGCCAAAGCUGACUCAUUCAGCGCAACGCGUUUUGUGAGUUUCUGGGCGAAAUUCCAGCACCGACAAGGUGUGGGCGCCUUGUUUUCUGGACUUCAAGCUGCUUCGCUCCGUGCUGCCACCUAUGGCUCUGUGCGCAUCGGCCUUUGCGAGCCUUUACAAGAGAAAGCAGGGCGCUCCGGUGGCGCACUGCUGGCUGGCGUCUUGGCCACGGUGGUCGGGAAUCCUUUCGAGGUCUUGAAGGUGCGGCUCCAAGCGGAGCCAGGCCGAGGAGAGCUGCAAGUUCUUCGAGACAUGUUGAAGACUGAGGGCUGCCUGGUUUUGGCCAGUGGCUUUGGCUGGGCUGCCACCCGCUCGUCCUUGCUCACCCUUAGCCAGGUUGUGCCCUAUGCACAUGCCAAGACGGCGCUACAGCAAUGGUGUGGAUUUUCAGAAGGAGGUGCUCUCCAUGUUGCCGCAAGCUUGAUGGCAGGAUUAGUGACUACAACUGUCACUGCACCCGUGGAUGUUUUGAAGACGAAGGCAAUGAGUUCAGCCGAAUCGGAUGUAUCAGCAAUGCUUCGAGCACAUGGCCCUUUUGUCUUCUUCAAGGGUUGGCUAGCCAACUACGUCCGCCUGGGUCCACAAACCCUUUUCAUUUUUGUCUUUUACGAGCAAGCUCGACAUUUAGUGGAGUGCCGGAUGCAGUUCCGCAUGAGAUUCGAUGACAAUGCUAUGGCCCUUCCUGAGGGAAACCGACACAAGUGA